CAACACAGAACAGUGCAGUUCUUCCAAUAUAAGGUCUCUGUAAGCAGCUCUUGGUUCAUGGUUUAAAAUGUUUUCGAUUAUUUUAGUAUUGCUUGCAGCGGUAACGUUAGUUAAUGGAGCUACUAUAGGUGUUUCGGAUGCUACUACUGAAAUGCAUGCUAGUACUAUGCCAGAUUGCAGCGACAAACUAGAUAGCUGCUUUGAUUUUAGCGACGGAUCUUGUGUAGGAAGAUAUGCACCAUGGGCCAGAGAAAACUGUGCUUACAGAUGUGGUUAUUGUCAAGGCAACUAUCCACCGUGCCAAGAUCAGAUAACCUAUUGUAAAGAACUUGGCAGUGAAGUUUGUAACCAGAAGGAGUAUGCUGGAUACGUUCGUCUGAACUGCAGGGAAACUUGUAAUAAAUGUGAAAUUCCUGCUUUAACCUACGUGCCUGGAAACGAUACUGAUGUUUUACCAACAGAUCUGGUUCCUACAAAGCCAACAGGGAUCAAGCCCACAGUAAUUCUAACGAAUGAAACCAUGAAUGAAACAUUAGUGGAACAGACUACAGUGGGAACACCUGAAUGUGGUGAUAAACGUGAUAACUGUUUUAACUAUGGUGACGAACAAUGUAUAGGAAGAUAUGCACCAUGGGCCAAAGAUAAUUGUGCUUAUAGAUGUGGUUAUUGCCCAGGACAUUAUCCACCUUGUGAAGACAAAAUAGAUUACUGUCAACAGCUCGGAAGUGAUGCCUGUACCGAUAACCAGUAUGCUGGAUUUGUCCGUCUUAAUUGUAGAAAGACUUGUGAUAAAUGCACAGUUCCUGCCUUGAAUUAUGUAACCCCAAACACAACAGCAGUUCAAACAACAGCAUUGGUGCCAACAAAGCCAAACGAGACUAAGCCACCAGUAGUACAGACUAACGAAACAGGGUGUAGAGACCUAAAAGAUAACUGUUGGAACUAUGGUGACGAGAAAUGCUUGGGAAUCUAUUCCCCUUGGGCCAAAGCUAACUGUCCAUAUAGAUGCGGAUAUUGUCCUAAUACACCACCAUGUGUAGACAAGCUUGCUAAUUGUGACGAGUAUGGAGACAAUGUUUGUACUGACUCAUUUUAUGCUGGCUGGUCUAGGAUGAACUGUAGGAAAUACUGUAAUAAAUGUGAAGUACCAUACCAUGCUAACAUAACACAGUCGACAGUGGCAACAACAACGGGAAUGACUACACAGGGAACCAGAAAUGCUACCACGAUGACACUUUUAACAACAAAACAUAUUACACCACCAACAGUCCACACAGAGGAGCCAAGUAAACUUAAUACCACAACGCCAUCGGUGCUUCCUACUGGUGAUGCAUGUAAAGAUACUAGAGAUGAUUGUGCAAACUAUGACGACGAGGCCUGUGGUGGGGUUUUUACAACAUGGGCAAUGACCAACUGUGCCCGCAGAUGUGGAUACUGCACAAAUGAGCUGAUAUGUAAAGAUUUCGUGAAGUGUGACAAUCUACCAAACACUUUAUGUACAGCUGAAGAAUAUAAAUGCAUAGCCGAAACAUCCUGUCGUAAAUUCUGUGGACUUUGUUCAGAAAAGACAACUAGCUAUACAACAGAAGAACCGACUACCUCCAUUCAAACUUCAACUGUAUCAGAAUUACUAACUACAAUGCAACCGAAGACCCCACAGCCAGUUAUUUCAACAACGUUAGCAACAACCAUGAUAACACAAGUGCCAACCAGCCAAUCUACGACUGUUUCCACUCAAGCUGUUACAAAAUCUAUUUCAACGACUGAAUCGACCACUCUAUCUACCACAAUGAGAAUCCCAACCAAGCUUUCUACGUCAGCUUCGUCAUCUGUUCAAACAACAACACUGAGAACAAAUCCACCAACCAAUCCCCCAACACCAGAACUAACCAGUGAACCAACGAAAGUAACUAUAACUGAACAAAAAACACCAGAACCAACCAAAACAUCUACACAAGUACCAACAAAAAUAUCUACACCAGAGCCUUCUAAGUUACCCACACCAAUAACGACCACACCAUCUACAACAGAACAAACCCAAUCAUCUACACAGGAAAUAAUUAAAACAUCAACGGCAGCACCGACUAAGCCAUCGACACCAGAACCAACAAAACUAACUACACAAGAACCUACUAAGUUGUCAACUUCAGAACCUACUAAACCAUCAACACCAGAACCAACUAAACUAACAACUGCAGUGCCAACUAAAUUAACUACACUAGAACCUACCAUACAAUCCACACCAGAACCUACAAAACUAACCACGCCAGUACCAACUAAAGCAACUACUCCAGAACCUACAAUACAAUCCACACCAGAACCAACAAAACUUACCACGCCAGUACCAACUACAUUAACUACUCCAGAACCUACUAAACAAUCCACACCAGAACCAACAAAACUAACCACGCCAGUACCAACUACAUUAACUACUCCAGAACCUACUAAACAAUCCACACCAGAACCAACAAAACUAACCACGCCAGUACCAACUACAUUAACUACUCCAGAACCUACUAAACAAUCCACACCAGAACCAACAAAACUAACCACACCAGUACCAACUACAUUAACUACUCCAGAACCUACUAAACAAUCUACACCAGAACCAACAAAACUAUCAACAAUGUUGCCAACACAAUCAUCCACACUAGAACCAAAAAAACCUUCAACACCAGAACAAACACAAUCCUUUACAUCUGAACAAACUACUCCAGAACAAGAUACACAAACUUCUAUAGAACCUUCUACACAAGAACCUGCCAUACUAUCAACCGAAGAAUCAUUUAUACCAUCGACACCAGAGCCCACUAAACCAUCAACAUUAGAGCCAUCCAAACCAUCAACACCAGAACCAACAAAACCUACCAUGUUAUCAGUAACUACACCAGAACCCACAAUGCCAUCUACAUCUGAACAAACCAAUGCAUCUACUCCUGAACCUACUAGACCAUCAACACCAGAACCAACGAAACCAUCAACACCAGAACCAACAAAACCAUCAACGCCGGAACCACCAAAACCAUCUACGCCUGAACCAACCAAUUCAUCUACUCCUGAACCUACUAUACCAUCUACACCUGAACCAAUGAAAGCAUCUACUCCUGAACCUACUAGACAAUCAACACCAGAACCAACAAAACCAUCCACACCUGAACCAAUGAAUGCAUCUACCCCUGAACCUACUAGACAAUCCACACCAGAACCAACGAAACCAUCCACACAAGAACCAACUAAACCAUCAACACCAGAACCAACAAAACCAUCUACACCUGAACCAACCAAUGCAUCUACUCCUGAACCUACUAGACCAUCAACACCGGAACCAACAAAACCAUCCACACCUGAACCGACUAAUGCAUCUACUCCUGAACCUACUAGACCAUCUACACCAGAACCAACUAAUGCAUCUACUCCUGAACCUACUAGACCAUCAACACCAGAACCAACAAAACCAUCUACACCUGAACAGACUAAUGCAUCUACUCCUGAACCUACUAGACCAUCAACACCGGAACCAACAAAACCGUCUACACCUGAACCAGCUAAUACAUCUACUCCUGAACCUACCAGACCAUCAACACCAGAACCAACAAAACCAUCAACACCUGAACCAAUAAAACCAUCAACACCAGAACCUACAAAACCAUCUACACUUGCACCAACUAAUUCAUCUACUCCUGAACCUACUAGACCGUCUACACCAGAACCAACAAAACCAUCAACACCAGAACCAACCAAUUCAUCUACACCUGAACCUACCCGACCAUCUACACCAGAACCAACGAAACCAUCAACACCAGAACCAACAAAACCAUCAACACCAGAACCAACAAAACCACCAACACCAGAACCAACCAAUUCAUCUACACCUGAACCUACCCGACCAUCUACACCAGAACCAACAAAACCAUCGACACCAGAACCAACAAAACCAUCUUCACCUGAACCAACAAAUGCAUCUACUCCUGAACCUACUAGACCAUCUACACCUGAACCAACUAAUGCAUCUACUCCUGAACCUACUAGACCAUCUACACCUGAACCAACAAAUGCAUCUACUCCUGAACCUACUAGACCAUCUACUCCUGAACCUACUAGACCAUCAACACCUGCACCAUCUAACUCGUCUACUCCUGAACCUACUAGACCGUCUACACCUGAACCAACAACACCGGAACCAAAGAAACCCACGCUAUCACCAAUAAACCCAGAUUACUCAAAAGAACAACCAACACCAUCACCAACACUUCCAACAUUAAGUUUGUCAUCAUCUGGUCCAAAAGUAUGUAGUACAAAUUUUGUGGAACCUGUUCCAACGUGUUGUAAAGUGUGCGCAUGUCCAGGUGCACAAGUGUUUGGACGAGUAAUAAAUGAACUCGGUGAACCCAUUCCUAAUGCUGAAAUCUCGUUCUCGGGUUGUGAAUGUGUACGAUAUUUAACAGAUCCAUCUGGAAAUUAUGAAAUCCUUAACAUUUGUGUUGAAGGACAUGAAAUGUUAUAUGAACAUCCGGGUUAUAUGGCCUCAAAAGUUUUACCAGUGCCUGUAGUACCAGGUGGAAAAUUCUGGAAAGCAGAUAACAUUCUGAAAACAAAACCGAUUGUUCCGGGACUUAAUGUAACACAAACAGUUACUGGUUGAAAUGUUUAUUGACGGACAAGUUUAUACGUGUAGUAAACUAUUGAUGUAGCGAUAUCUGUGAUAACAAACUUGUUAAGUGAAAGUCGUUUUUUCAUCUGUUUAAUCAUGUAUACAUAUUCAUUUGAUAAUAUUUCAUUAGAUUGAAGGUCUUACAGAGACCUGUUGUUGUUUCUAUUUUUUUGUCAUAUAAAGGAUAGUGAUCCCAAUAAAUUUCUACCUAUA